AUGGCUGAUCGGCGUUACGUUAGGAACCAGGGAAGGCUGAUAGAUACCAAGCAAGCCCUUGUCUGUGGCUGUGGGAGUGGCCAUGUGUCAAAAGGGGUCCUGUUUCCUGUAUUUGAAACCAUGGAGCUGCUGGAUAUGUUGGAGGACUUCAUUCUCCAUGCCCAUGAGUGUUACUUGGGGGACUACGCUGACUGCGUGGAGACCUACGUCCUCGACAGCCUGCAGGAUUUCAAAUCUCCACUUGAUAGAUAUGAUGUCAUUUGGAUGCACUGUGUUUCUCACUUGACUGAUAAAGAUCUCCUGAAGUUCCUGAAGGGAGCAAAGGAGAGCCUAAGACCUAACGGUGUCAUCAUUAUAAAGGACAACAUGGCACAGCAGGGCUGCAGACUGGACCCUGUUGACAGCAGUCUCAUCCGUCAUCUGGACAUCAUGAAGAGCAUUAUCCUGAAGGCUAGCCUCACCAUCCUAGACCUACAGAAGCAGGAGGGUUUCCCUGACAUCAUUGUGCCCCUGUGGCUGAUUGCCAUGCAGUGA